AUGGUUGAUGGAAUGGUUACAGAAUAUUUAUAUAUUAAUCGUGGUGUCCCUCAAGGGACUGUUUUAGGACCAGUUCUUUUCUCAAUAAUGGUUGAUGAUAUUAAAACUGCUGAUCCUAGUAAUGCGUUAGUCAAAUUUGCUGACGACUUGACGUUAGGAGUGCCUGGCAACGAAAGUGGUGACACAUCUCGAUCUGAAGCUGCCUGUUUACAGGAUUGGGCGGAAGAGAAUAGAAUGCCCUUAAACUUAGAAAAAGCGUACGACAUGGUUGUUCGCAGACACACCUCAGUAGUUUUGCCCGAGCUUAUCCCUUCAAUUAAGCGAAAAACAUGGCUAAAGCUUUUAGGAGUUACGCUACAAGAUAAUCCGUGCAACUGA